CAGUGUCUCCUCCUCCCGACACGCAGAAUCUGCUGCCCAGCCCAGGGGUUCCAUCAGCUCACAAUGUCUAAGAAGAUAGUGAUCAAAGCUGACCUCGUUGGCCAAAAAUGCAAGAGCGAGAUCCUGGCAGCUGUUUCCAAGCUCCAAGGGAUCAAGUCCUUGGACAUCGACGCCGACAAGUGCACGCUGACGGUGGUGGGCACCGUGGACCCGGUGUGCGUCGUGCUGAGGCUCAAGAAGAAGUGCUUCGCGGCGUCCAUCGUCAGCGUGGAGGACGACAAGCCCAAGCCGAAGGACCCCUGCAAGGAGGCGUGCGAGAAGCUCUGCAAGGAGAAGUGCGAGAAGAUCACCUGCUGCAAGGAGUGCAAGGAGAAGUGCGAGAAGGAGUGCAAGGACAAGUGCGAGAAGGCCUGCGAGGCGUGGCUCGGGAAGGGCUGCUGCUCCUGCGGCCGCUGCAGCAAGCCGGGCCCCGGCUUCUACUGCAACCCCGGGCCCAGCUACCCCUACCACUACGGGUGCCCCAGCAGCUACCCCUACUACGCCUGCUACGAGGAGAGGUCACCUGAUGGAGCGUGCGCCAUCCAGUAGGUUCUGCUGCGAGUUCUGCUGCAUACCGUUACUUCACCGAGACAUGGUCUCCAGGGGUUGUAUCUUGCUAUGGCAUGUUUGUGGAUUCUGCUCUGCAUUUUUCUAGUUUCUGUUCAUUGCUUUUUCCGUUGUACUAUGUGUAUGGUUUGAGAAUUUGGAUGGUUAGUUCUCUCUCACUGAAGGUAGAGUAUGGCAGUAUGCUGCAUUCCUGUUGUGGCCUGGUUGUCUGUCUACCUGUGCAAUGAGUGUUCU